AUGGGCUGUGGCCUGCACCAGUGCAAUGUGCCAGCAGGUGGGUGCGCCCAGCAAGCCCAGGUGCUAGGACCCGCGGCGGCAGAUUCUCUGUUAGGGGAGGCCCGAAUGAAACCUCCAGGAGCCAGCACGGGCACAGUGACGGGGCCAGAAAGGGUACUGUCAAAGGUGGCACGCCAGAGCUUGGCAAGGUCCCAAGGUUGGUGCAUUGGAUGCUUCAGUAAGGCAGGUUUGUGCCGAAGCCGUGGCGAUGCUGCACUACAAGACACUGUAUGGCAGAUACCGGGGCCGGCGUCCAGGACGUGGUGCGCUAACAGCAGACCGGCGCUGCCCCAGCUUCUGACAGGGCGACCGCAGCACUGGACCAGCACUGCCCCGGCUCUCGUCUCCCAUCUCCCAAUGCAGUUCAUCAAUCCAUCAAAAAGAGAGCUCAGUCGUCCGGCUGUCCUGUCCCAUCCAACCGCCAUUGCGACUCUCCUCAUCAGCCAGCCGCCCGCCCUACCGUCGCCAGCACCAGCCAACGGCCAAUCCGCUAAAGUUAGUGGUCGCACUUCCGUAUACGUGAGACGCCAAGCGACGACCGACGAGCCAGCGUGCCCAGCACCACUCUCCGACCCCCAAAUCACCCGACUUUUUUCUUUCCUUCCCAAAUCUCGACCUCCUCGCUCUGCAGAGGGGUCGCCGUCACAACUGCCCGCCCUGGCUCACCAUCAAGAACCGCGCCAUUCUCUCCUCGCCGAAGAUCCCGGCUUUUCAGAACAACAGUCCACCUACGCCCAGUACCCCCAGUACGCCCAGCAGUCCUACCCGACCCAGCAGUCGCAAUACGUCGACGCCUUCCCCCCGAUGGCUUCCGCCAGGCGAUCCGCCGGAGGCAGCGGCGGCAGUUUGGCCCGGAGCUCGGCCGACAUCUUCAAGAAGAAGUGGCCGCGCGCCUUCUUCCUCCUUGCCACCUUGCAGGCCAUCUUAUGUAUUGCGUUUGAGGCCUACACGUUCGCCAGGUUCAACGGCAGCUUGAAGGAUACGUCACAGUCGCCCUACAACACCGACACCGAUGUCCAGGCUCAGCUCAAGACGAUCCCCACCUUCUUGGCCCUGUUCAUCUUUGGUUUCCUCUAUGAGCUAGUUCUUGUCUGGGACGCGCUCCGCGUCAAGAACACGAUCCAGGUUAUUGGCCUCUGCAUCGCGAACUUGGCCCUGAUGGUCUACACAUCCAUCCAGGUCGACCAGAUCCAGGAUGCCAUUGACAUUCUCAAGACCAAGAACGCCGUCGAGGAGCUCGGCGUCUGGAUGGACGUCAAGGGCCUCUUGAUCGCCAUUCCCUGCAUCAUCGGCGUCUGCACCGUCGGCUUCGGCUUGCUCGCCUGGAAGCUCUACCAGGAGUUUGCCUGGGAUAUCCUGAAGCACAUCGGAGCCGACUACCGCAUGAAGAAGCGUUUCUUGCACUACCAGAUUUACAUCGCACUCCUCAAGUUCGAUUUCUUCUUCUUCAUCGGUUUCACGAUCCAGUUCCUCGUUGUGGUCGGUGGUAACGUGUCCGACACCGAGUUCCGACUGACCAGCGCUGCCGUCCCCAUCACGAUCGCCAUCCUGCUGGCGGCCGCGUGGUUCACCCGCAAGGAGUGGAAGUGGGGUACCAUCUUCAUCAUGCUCCUCUACCUCGGUGGCCUGGCCUACUUCAUCUUCAAGCUGUCCCGGAUCUACGAUGCCAAGAAGGGUAUCCUCUAUGCGCCCGUCAAGAAGUCCAUGACCGCCUUCGCCGUCAUCACCAUCAUCCUCAUUGUCAUGACCAUCAUCAACGCCAUGGUCUGCAUCCUCAACUUUGGCCACGGCCUCAAGCAGCACCUGCAGACCAGACCACGGGAGAUGGACAAGGACCAGGCCUCGUAUUCGAUGAACGACGUCAAGCAGCCCCAGAUGCCGAGCAGGAUGACAAUCGACUAA